AUGUUAUCCUAUUCCCAGCUAACAAGAAGCCGCCGCCCCAGUGGUAGUGCUAGUCGAAUGCCCACGACUGCGACUUCAUUUUUGAACCGCCUCCGACACGCCUUCCUGCGCACCGAAGCCGCUGCCACCCGCGACGACUACUUGUACCAACCCCUCCGACGAGCUGAACCUGAAUCAGCUGUUGCCGUCCCCUCCUCUACUGCAAGCCUCCUCCCCGCCAUGAGCGAGGAAACGAACAGCACCCGUGCCGCCGGCGCCGACAAGGCCGCACCGGUGGUCACCGCCACGACGACGACGCCCGAUGCCGCCGACCCGAACCGUAGCAGCGCCAGCGACGACUCCGUCACGCAGGGGCUGCACAUCCUUGAGACCCAGUCCUCGCACUGGUGGUCCUACAUCACCACGCCCGACUUCUGGAUCGUCGUCGCCAUCGGGCAGGUCCUCGCCCUCUGCAUCACCGCCACCAACACCUUCACCACCUUCCUCGCCAACGCCCAGACCAACAUCCCUGCCUUCCAGACCGUCUUCAACUACAUCCUCCUCUUCCUCGUCUACACCACCAUCUUCCUCGUCCGCGACGGGCCGGGCGCUUGGUGGCAGUCCAUGCGCAAGGACGGCUGGCGCUACCUCAUCAUGGCCUUCCUCGAUGUCGAGGGCAACUACUUCACCGUCCUCGCCUACCGCUACACCAACAUCCUGUCUGCGCAGCUCAUCAACUUUUGGUCCAUCGUCUGUGUUGUCAUCAUCUCCUUCACGCUCCUCAAGGUCCGCUACAAGCCGUUCCAGGUCGUCGGCAUCCUCGUCUGCUGCGGCGGCAUGGGCAUCCUGCUCGCCUCGGAUCACAUCACAAACAGCAACGGCGGCCCCACCGAGGACCGCCUCAAGGGCGACCUCUUCGCCCUCCUCGGCGCCACGCUCUACGGCACCAGCAACGUCUUCGAGGAGUGGCUCGUCUCCAAGGCCCCCAUGCACCACGUCCUCGCCUCCAUCGGGUUCUUUGGCAUGAUCAUCAACGGCAUCCAGGCCGCCAUCUUCGACCGCACCUCCUUCCAGAACGCCCACUGGCACGAGGGCCACGUCGCCGCCUGGCUCGUCGGCUACACCCUCUGCCUCUUCCUCUUCUACACCCUCGCCCCGCUCAUCCUCCGCAUGGGCUCCGCCGCCUUCUUCGACAUCUCCCUCCUCACCGCCAACUUUUGGGGCGUCGUCAUCGGCGUCCGCGUCUUCGGCCUCACCAUCCACUUCCUCUAUCCCAUCGCCUUCGUCUGCAUCAUCCUCGGCCUCGUCACCUACUUCCUCUCCGGCAGCCUCCUCGGCGACUCCCGCAAGCCCUGGCUCGGCGAAAACCAGGAGGGCGGCGUCGCCGGCUUCGGCACGGCGAAGCUGCGCGCCAUCAACGCCGCGCGCGUCGCCCGCGGUGAGCUCGAGAACGGCAUCCCCGUGGAUGAGGCGGCGCCCGUCGCCGCGGGUGUCGGUGGUGCCGGCUUCGCGGCCCGGGCUCGGGCCAACAUGCAGAGGCUGUGGAAGAAGGAGGAGGCCGUCUAG